GAACAACAGUGGAAAAAGUCGGAGGCUCGGUGUAUCAGUUUUAAGUUUCAAAUUUGUUCUCUUUUCGCUUUCAUUUGUUAAAUUCCAGUACUUUUUUUAUACUGAAUUACUUUUUUAAAGGGCUUCUGCGAUUAUACAUUCAGGAUGUGGACUUUGUUGUGUUCGUCUGCGUUCUUUGUUUGGGCAGCAGGAUUUGUGUCAAGCGAAACAGUUACUCGCAAAUACUACCUUGAUGACAUGUGUGACGAUUACGUGGAUAUGGGAGGUUCUGGUUUAGAGAGCAUUCGCCUGGAACUCACAAAGCAUCUUUACUACAGCGAUAACAUGGAGUGUUCUGUGCGCGUGAGAGCACCAACUGGGAAACGUCUGCAAAUCCAGGUUUUAACCAACUCGAUCGCCAACAGUGUAAACUGUCGAGAAGACUAUUUGACAGUUCAUGAUGGCAGCCAGAGCACUGCACCGUAUGUGUCAGGAUUUGAAGGCCGUAUGUGUUGGCAGACUGUUUUGAAAAAGAGCUACGCAUCCACCGGCGAAUACGUUCACUUCCGAUUUAUUAGCAACGAGAAGGAUCCCUCCGAGGGUUUCAAGAUUCUUGUAACCGCCUUUCGGGAUGCGGAUGAUAAAUGUACGGGUGACGAGUUUCAGUGCCGCUCUAGCCGGCGUUGCGUGUCGAAGGAAUUGGUGUGUGACCAUUAUGCCGAUUGUCUUGACAACAGUGACGAAUGUGCACUCACAACCUCUGCAAUCAUAGGUAUAGCUAUCGCAUGCGUGUUGACGUUUAUCAUCAUCGUCACCAUUAUCGCCUGUUGUUGCUGCUUCCGCGGACGAUGGCGUAACACGGGAAAUUCCAAACAGUCAGUCUAUGAGACGUCGGACAUUUACGUUACACCAACACCGGAAGACCUCUACUCGGAACUGCAAUACCACAAGGCAGCCUCACUUCCACGCUCUCUUCCGCCUCCACCACUUCCCACCAUCCAGGUGGAUUCCGUGCCGCCCUACACCGAACAAGUACAAACCGUCCACGCAUACGAGCCUUACCACGUGAAAAUGAUCGGACCGGAAAUGACGCAUGAGCGCCACGUGUGGAUUACGGCGCCACCGGAAACAACUCGCGUGUCUAGAUACUCAGAUGAAUAAAAUGAAACACUGUGGCUGGGAACUAUAUAUUCGUAUUUCGAUCUGCCGUUUUAACGGUCGUUGACAAUUUAUUGCUAUACAUGCAUAUGUUAAUAGUGUUUGAACAUCGGACUCAAGUUAAUAUCGAUGUCGAAUCGAAUCGGGCAAAGCAUUACGAUUUAAUUCCGGCACUAAGUGAAGGUUCAUAAAAUAAAAUUGGAUUGCAAUAGUUCUACUGAGUAUCAUCAUGAUCAUUUAAAUAGUUCAAAUUGGAAUCAGUUACUGUGAUACUAUAGUAUAGUCAUGCUUUUUGGAAACAGUUAGUAAAUUUCCUUUUUCUAAUUACUUAACAAUUGUUCUCGAUAAUCGUUUUAUACAUAUCAUAUGAUAUAUAUGGAAAGUACAUAUACUUGUUUCGUUUAAAGUGUUCAUUGUUUUUGGUGUUGUGAGCAGACGUCGUUUAUAAUACAAGGACUUGUCUUUCGUUUUAUAUUCUGUACUUCGUCAAAAAUACUACACAUAUAUUUAACGUGUGUUUACUAUACAUUGUAGUUGUUAUAAAAUAUGUAAGUGUUUACUUCUUUGAAAAAAAAUGU